AUGUCGUCGUGGCUCUUCUCCGAGGAUGCAUUCAUAAAGGAACUGCCCCUGCGAAAACAGAAGGUGCCAGUGACGGCAGAGCUUUGCCAGCGGGAGCUGAUCCACGCGUUCCUCAUCUCCCUUGGCUCAAAGCUCAAGCUCGAUGGCCGGACCAUUCUUGCCGCCACCAUCUACAUCAACCGCUACUAUAUGCGCCUUCCCAUCACCUCAUCCAAAUACUUUGUGGCUCUGGCAGCCCUCGCCAUUCUGUGCAAGCUCCACGAGAAUUACCGUCAGCCGGGCAAAAUCGCCUUGCACGCCGCCAAUCUCAAAAACCCUCCCGGACACGCCGUAAUUGACGAACAAAGCGAAGGGUUUUGGAAGUGGCGGGACCAGCUAUUGUAUCGGGAAGAGCUUAUCCUCAAAACCCUCAAUUUUGACCUCAAUCUCGACUUACCAUACGAUGUACGCGAUCGCAUAGUCGAAGCCCAGGAAGAAAAUAAUGAAGAUGAAGUGGUAAUUGAUAGUGACACUUUCAAAGCCGCCAUCACGUUAUUGGAGAUAUUGCUGUCGCUUCCAUUAUACGUGGCCUACGACUGUUAUACCGCGUUGGGAAUGGCUCUCGUCAUCGUCUCGUGGGAGAAGAAGGAACCACUACCGCUCAGCUGGCUUGAGAAGCGAUUGGGGGUGACCGGCGAGAUGUGCUACGAGUGCUACUGUUACGUGCUUCGUCUCAUCAAAUACGCCAAGUCCGACGCCAAUUUAAUGCUGAAUAAAAUGGUGGCCAAGCGGAUCCCCAACGUCCCCAAAGAAGUAUGGGGAUUACCCGAGACUGAAUCUAAGAAUAAUCUGUCCGCUCCCACCAGUCAAACCAACCCCGAACCCGUUGCCAAACCUGUGGAACCAGCUCCCCUUAACAGCUGA